GGAAAAAAACCCAAGUGACCAUAAGCGCGGAGGUUUAGUCCGUCAUCUGCCUUCAUGCCUGUCAACUGAGCUCCGUCUGGGGGGCAGCUCCUCUUCCCCAGCGCGGACGUGGAUUUACCGCCCGUGGGGGGGGGCUGAGCUCUCGUCUGUUUUCGGCACCACACACCUGGUUUGGACGCUGGACGCCAUGUUGUGGAAGCUAGCAGAUAAUGUCAAGUACGAAGAGGACUGCGAGGACCGGCACGAUGGGAGCAGCAACGGGAACCCGCGCCUCCCGCACCUCUCUGCGGUCAGCCAACACCUGUACAGCCCGGCUCCGCCGCUCUCCCACUCGGGCGCCUCCGACUUCCAGCCCCCUUACUUCCCUCCGCCGUACCAGCCGCUGCCUUACUCCCAGUCCACCGACCCCUACUCCCACCUCGGGGACCCCUUCUCCAUCAACCCGCUGCACCAGCCGCCGCCGCCGCCCCCCAGCCAGCAGCAGAGCGCCUGGCCCAGCCGGCAGAGCCAGGACCCGCCCGGCCUCGCCCCCCACGGCCGGCCCGGCCUCGUCCCGCACCUCUCGGCUCUGGAGAGCGGCUCCGCCGGCGCCCGCAGGGAAACGUACCGCCGCUCCGAGCUGCUCCUGCCCCACGGACACGGGCUGGAUGCCUCCGUGCUGGCCGAUAACUUGGGCCUGCACGACAUGGCUCACCAGAUGGAGGAGGUGCAGAAUGUGGAAGACCAACACUUACUAAUGCAUGACCAGACAGUCAUUAGAAAAGGUCCCAUUUCCCUAACGAAAAACAGUACUCUGAGUCUUCCCUGCCAAAAGGAUGGACUAAUUGGAGUGGUCAUAAACCCCAAUGAAGUAUUUUGUUCGGUUCCGGGCAGACUUUCCCUCCUGAGCUCCACGUCGAAAUACAAAGUGACAGUAGCAGAGGUGCAGAGGCGGCUCUCGCCCCCCGAAUGUCUCAAUGCCUCUUUGCUAGGAGGAGUACUCCGAAGAGCCAAAUCUAAAAAUGGUGGCAGAUCAUUAAGGGAAAAACUGGAUAAAAUUGGCUUGAAUCUUCCUGCUGGUAGAAGGAAAGCUGCAAAUGUGACACUAUUGACAUCUUUGGUGGAAGGUGAAGCUGUACAUCUUGCUCGUGACUUUGGUUAUGUAUGUGAGACGGAGUUUCCUUCCAAAGCAGUGGCCGAAUAUCUAACUAGACCACACAUGGGCCGUAAUGAAAUGGCAAACAGGAAGAGUAUGCUUCUUGCUGCAAAGCAGAUCUGUAAGGAAUUCACAGACCUCCUCACUCAGGACAGAACUCCUCUUGGAAACACGAGACCUAGUCCCAUCUUGGACCCUGGCAUCCAGGGCUGUUUGACUCAUUUUAGCCUGAUCACGCAUGGCUUUGGGAGCGCUGCCAUCUGUGCUGCCAUGACAUCCGUCCAGAACUACCUAAAUGAAGCAUUAAAAAUAGCAGACAAAACAUACAUGAACGCUGGUGACCAGAGCCCUGCAGAAACCAACAAAACCAUUGAUAAAAUGGAUAAGCACAGGAAGUAAAAGGAGGGAAACCAGACUUUAAACUCUUCCUCCUAAGCACAGACUGGGAUCUUCUUACCAGGGGGAACGUAGAGAUUUGUUUUUUUGGUGUUUGUUGUUUUGUUUUGUUUUUUUGGUUGGUUUGUUUUUUGUUUUUUUAUUUUUUUUGGUGGGGUUUUUUUUUUGUUUGUUUUUUGUUUUUUGUUUUUUUUUUUUUUAAGAAAAGAGGGGAAAAAGGGUGAAAAAAAAAAUCAUCUUAUUCAGGAUCAUCACUCCUCCUGGAUCCAUGAGACAAGUUUCUAAAAGCUGCAGUAUCCCUUACCUGUGGAAGCAAUUACCAGAAGAUAAGUACAUGGUACAAGUGUAUUGAAAUCCUUUGCUGUAAAAGUGGUGCUAUAAGGGGGUUUUGAUGGAAAUAUGCAAAGAGAUAUAUUUAGAUUUCUUUUCCACAUCUAAGUAUCUAGUCUUGACCAGCUCCAUGUAUAAUUUUUAAGAUGCAGAUUUUAGAUAGAAGCCUAUUUGUUAUCUGAUAAAAUUUCAGGGUUUUAUUCUCUCUAAAUGCAACAGUAACAAUAAAACAGUAUUAAACAAUGGUAUAUAGAUUUAUGUACAUUAAAAUUUUUUAUAAACUUCUAAAAAUAGUAAGAUUAUUCUGUGGGGGGUUUUGUUUGGGGUUUUUUUUUGUUUGUUUGUUUGUUUUUUUUUUUGUUUCUUUUUUUGUUGUGCUUUUUCCUCUUGAUUUUCAGAUUACCAUAGGAGAGUACUAAAAUCCUGCUUGACUUAAAAGUUAUCUGAUGGCAUUUGACAUGCUGAUUUUUUUAAUGGGAAUAUUCAGGCUUCAUUACUGCAGUAGUGUGGGCUGCAGUGAAUCUUAUCUUGAUUUUAUUUUGUUUUUUAAACGAGGAAUAGUUCAGAAUGAAAAUGCUUUUAGAAAAUUCUGUGUCUAAGGAUAUUGCAGCUUUAUUAACAUAUUUAUAUUGUUUUUAAAUUGGGAGCGAGCUUGAAAAAAUAGGCACAUAACUUUUUUUGAAUAUUUUCUUGUUUUGCCUAUUAAGGCCAAAAACUAUUUCCAGGGAGGAUUUAUGUGUAUUAAGGGAAGCAGUGUGUUGAAUGUAAAUAUUUAUUUAUGUGUAAUUUAAUCGGAUUUGUAAAUAAUGGUGAACUUUUUAAUACUUUUU